UAAAAAGAGGAGGAGAGACAGGAGUUUGACAUACUUAAGACAAAGACCACAAAAAUUGUGAGUGGAAUCUUUACCAGCAGCUGAGGAGAAACAUCUUGUGUGCUACAACUUCCUCACACAAGGGCAGGAAUUCAAUGCUGCAAGUGGGACAGACAAGUGAGACUAUCAGUUCCACUGACAACUCUGGAUAGUGGCGAGAAGAAGCAGGGGGAGAGCAGAGCUGCAGGAAGCCAACAUACCAGCAUACCACCACCACCAAAUAGAUAAGGGCUCCAAAAACAGUUAAAGGUCUUUCAACUUCAGACAAGAAAAAAGAUUUGUUUCUGCUCGACCAGCCGAGUUCUUUCUUUUAGUGUGAGGGGAAAACGUGUGUGUGUGCUUACAGGACUGAGUGGACAGGAUUGUUACUGAGAAGUGAAAGAAAAGCAGCAACAUUCUGGAGGAGGAACAGCAAGAGGUCCACCAGGCCCCACAACACAACUUCACUAUGAGUAUGAGUGGUACUCUAGAGAAGGGGGCCCACCAUCAGGCCUUAGACCUGUCUGAGGAACUGCCACCUCAUCACCACCAUCAUCAUCAUCACGCCAUUCACCCACACCAUCUCCACCAUUCCAACUCUCUGGCCUCUACCACUGCAGUGGGUGGAGGCAGAGAAACACCUUCACGUGUGGUCGUACCUCCUCCAUAUUCUGCUGCAGAGACUGGUGGUGGGGCCAGUGAAGCUGCGCUGGAGCUGAGAGGAUCCCUGGACUGCUGGGCCUGUUCUGUACUGGUGACGGCUCAGAACCUGGUGAUCGCUGCGAUCAACGCGUGCCUGGCUGCACUGGUGUUUGGUACCAUCCUGACGCCAGCCACUGUCAUGGUGGUGUUUGGCUUCCUCUGCCACUCUACAGUCCGCCCUCAUGGAACAACCCCGUACUGUUCAGAGCUGCUGACUGAUGGCGGCUGUGUGGCUCUUCUGGUCGUGGGCUUCCUCUUGGUGACCCCUCUGCUGGUCCUGGCUCUGGCUGCGUACUGUCGCCUGGCCCGACACCUGCAGCUGGGCCUGUGCUUCAUUCCCUACAGUCGAGCUGUGUACAAGAACCUGCCUGCCACACAGCACCGCAGCCUGGGCACUGGCUGCUGCGGAGGCCGAGAGGGAGCUGAUGGCAGUGGGAAGGGAAAGGUGUGGGUUUGAGAAGACAGUAAUGUGAAGAUGACCAUUAGAUGAGGUUUAUACAGGGACUAGAUACAAUGUUGAUUUCAGGGAAUGAGUAACACAGAGCAGGAGAUAAAAAUACCAAAAAAGCAAACAAGAGAUGUUGUAAAUGGCUCUAACUACAACAACUACCUUAAUAUCCAGGAAGACAAAUUACAUCAUUACCACUUACUUAUUCACAUGUGUUAAUGUAAAAAAAUGGAAGAGUGAACUGAAGAAUUUUAUUUGCUGGUACAUUCCACUGGACACAUAAUUCCACUGCACAGUGGCUAUUUCAUUCAUUUCUUAGUCAAACUAUGAUAAGAAUCAAAGGUGUUUUAAACAAAACAGGUAAGCUUAUUUACUGAAGUUAACGUGAUAAAAAAAAACUUACCAUCAUUAAGCCUUAACUUUGCUAAACAAAGCAAAUGGUAAAACUGAAAGCACAGCACACCUCACAAAAGAUUGUACUGACACUGAAAAUAACUGUAUCCUUAAAUGCAUUUUAUAGUGAAAAUAUAUUUUUCUAGCCUAGUUCUCUGUAAAGCAAACUGUAACUGAAAUGUCUUGCAUCGUUUUCUUUUUACAAAUAAAAUUUUUGAAUUUUG